GUGGCCACGCAUACGUCUGGAAUCAUAACAUUGUAUAUGAAUUCCCUUUAUCAUCCUCAUAUCUAUUAAAUUUACCUGUUUAAUCUAUCCCUUUUUUAUUACAGCUUUACGGGAAUAUUUAAGAGACUAUAGUUAUAGAAAAGUUAGUAUUUUACUGUUCAAAUAUGUGGAUAUUCCCUAUGAGAGCUAAUCAGCGGCAACUAGAGUUUGCUAGCAAAUGGCUGCUCUGCUGUGAUGGCUGCCACCGUACGAAAUGAAACAACGAGUAAAAUUGUAGUGAAGCUGCUUGAAGCCCUUGACCUGCACAGUGAAACAGGUAGCGAACAGCAUGUGACGCACAUGCCCUAUGCUGACUCAGAACUUGUUUGAAAUCGAGAUGCCUCGUCUGGAAGAAGUAGCAAACAUUGCUCUGAGGGUGCCCAGCAUACUGGUUCUGGACCUGCUGUAUAAAUGUGACAUUGAAGGUUUGACAGAGCACCUCAAGGCUAAAAAUGAGGACAUGCUCUUCAAAUACAAAUAUGUCAUCUGGAACAUUUACUAUCUUGGUCAUCUGAUAAAUAUGGUGGUGUUAAUUCUCCCAUUGAGACACAUUGUGACGCUUUACCUCCAUAUCCUAGUUGCCCUCCUCUUAUACAUGGGGCAUCAGAUUUCCAAGGAUUAUGUCCGUGAGGAGCUGCGGUACAGAUAUGAAAGAGCAGUGUACCUGGAUUCUUUGACUUUCAACAGAUUUUUUUCUGCAAUGACUAGUCAGAUCAUUCUCAGCACGCUGUGUGCCUUCCUGAUGAAGACCAGAAAGGUGUGGUUAUUCUCUGCUCACAUGCUCCCCCUGCUGGCCCGACUCUGCGCUGCUCCUCACGCCACUCUGCUAACAGUUAACACGUUCUCCAUGGGCCUGACUGGAGCCGGGAUCGCCUUGUUCCUUCUUUCAAAUAUCUUUGUACCAUAUCGUCUCGCAAGAGCUGCUUAUUCAGAGCUGCUUCACCUUGAGGUGAUUGAGCUGUACAGACUACUGGCUGUGGGAAUCUCCCUGUGGAACCAGUUUGCUGUCCCAGUGCUCUUUAGUGUCUUUUGGUUUGUUCUGUUCAUCGUCCAGCUGUGUUCAGAUGUCAUGUCUGCCAGCGCCUCAGCAACCCAUCAGGGAAUCAUGUUCUUCCUUCUCACAAGUGUGUCUGAAUGCUGUGCCACACCGUACUCUCUACUGGGUCUGACCUUUGUGGUGUCCUAUCUGGCUCUCGGACUUCUCAACCUAUGCAAGUUCUACCUGGGAGGUUAUGCAGCUGUUCAGAACGAGAAUGUCAUGCACAGAGGUGUGACGGAGGGCAUCACUCUGCUCCUGCUCGCCCUCCAGACAGGCCUGUUAGACAUGCAGGCACUGCAGCGCACCUUCCUCCUCAGUAUCAUCCUCUUCAUCGUGGUGACCUCAACUUUGCAGUCAAUGAUCGAAAUAACAGAUCCAGUUAUUUUAGCUCUGAGUGCAUCUCGCAACAGAAGUCUGUGGAAACACUUCCGUGGCCUCAGCAUGUGUCUGCUCCUGCUGGUUUUUCCAGUGUUUAUGGCUUAUAAAAUCUCCCAGUUCUUCCACAUGGACUUCUGGUUGCUUAUACUGGUGUCCAGCUGCAUGCUGACCUCCCUUCAGGUUACAGGCACUAUGCUGAUCUACUCCCUCUUCAUGGUGGAGCUGUUUCGCAGCGACCCGAUCGAGAGCCUGGACGAAGUGAUCUACUGGGUGAACGCUGUAAGCAGGGUGCUGGAGUUUAUGGUAGCGCUCUGCGUUGUGGCUUACGGCACCUGGGAGUCACUUUUUGGGGAGUGGAGCUGGAUGGGCGCCUCUGUCAUUAUCAUCCACUCGUACUUCAACGUUUGGCUCAGAGCUCAGUCUGGCUGGAGGAGCUUCCUGCUCAGACAGGAAGCAGCUAAGAAGAUUAACUCCCUUCCAAAAGCCUCAGCUGAGCAGUUGCAGCAACUAAACGAUGUCUGCUCCAUCUGCUUCCAGGAAAUGGGCUCUGCUGUGAUUACAUACUGUGGACAUUUCUUUCAUGGCAACUGCCUCCGCAAAUGGCUGUAUGUGCAGGAAACGUGCCCCAUGUGUCAUCAAACUGUCAGACCGACACCACCGGACCAGAGCCAGGCUUCAGACGAGGGUCCGCCAGGUCCACCUCAGAGAGAACAAAACCCUGAUCUGGCUGCUCAAGAAGGAGACGAGAACCUGGACAGCAGCGCGACAGAGGAGAUGCCAAGCGACGAUGUAACUCCUGACUCCAGCGAGGAGCAUGAAGGCAGUGAGAGCUUUGGGAAGGGAACAAAUGAAGACCAGCUGGCUGAAACUCGCAGUGAAGCUGCCCAAGGUCUUCGUUUCAGCUCCAGUGGAGACUUUGUUGGAUUUGUCAUCCCGGUGUCUUCAGGGGGCCUCAAUAACUCUCAUGUGCUGCUGGGUAAAGCCUCUCCUCCUGACAUGCAUAGCCAAUGUGAGGUAAACGGCACAGACUCUCCUCUGUCAUCGGCUCCCACAGCUGUGGAUGAGGACGCCUCUGAACUGGAAGGCCUUGAAAACACUGUUUCUUUCCAUCCUGGACAUGAUAGGACACCUAAAUCAUGGCACAGCUUUGACUCACCAGAGCCAAACAGUACUGACAACAAUCAAGAGGCUGUCUCAUGUGGCAUGAGACUUGCUGAUGGCCAAACAUCUGUCACAUCAUGUCAUCAAAAAUCUGAAUUCCUAGACUGCAAUGACUGUGCUGAAAGUCAUCACGGUAACUACACAUAUGCAGACUAGGACAGGGUUGGAGAGGUGCAACGGGCCUACCAAUCCAGCUGUCCUCCUCGGGUGCCACUUGUUCUGGUAAAAGCACAGGCAGCAGUGACUAGUGCUCUGCUUCAGUGCCUUGAAGGGUGUAAAAGGGUCAUCCUUUGUCAUAAGGAACUAAACACAGUUGCCUUCUGUAUGUGAACCAAUAUUAGAAAAAGUUCCGUUUCACCAGACAUUGUAAUGAAUGUGCUCUACCUAAAUAUUAAAAGAAAAAAUCAUGACUGAAAAGUAGAUUAAAUCAUGUUGACUUAUUCUGAAAUUGUAAAAAAAAAGAAAGACUAUGAAUAAUAAGAAAUGUAAAAUACAAAGCAAUAAUCUUAUAUCAGUAUUUACUGGUCUCUAAUGAAGAUGUUUACUUGGAGAAGUGGAAUUUGUUCUAUAUCUGUGUCCUUUUUUGUUUUGUUUUUUUCUCAGCCUCCUUGUUGCUUUCAUGCAUUUUUGUGAAAAAUGGCUAAAUGAAAAACUGAUUCAGCUUUCUUAUUUUUGUCCUGCAAACACUGGUUUCCAGUGUUGAAUUUCUGCUGUGAACUUGUAUGUUUUUUUUAAAUUACUGUAGUAUAAUUAAAACAUGACAGUUGCACAAUAAUUUAAAACAAUGAGUGGCAGAUUUAUUUUCAAAAGAACAAUGCUCUUGCACCCAGAAAGUUACCAUAAGCUUUGUUGUUAAAAAAU